GCAUUGAAUCAUCCAAAAUAAGUAUGGACACUUAGAGGAAUAAGUUACAAGCUCGGGUUUUGUAAGUAUUUAAAAUAAUUCAAAUUAUACGUUGUUUUGGUCAUAUUAGAGAAAGUGGAUGAGGAAUUAGAAAGGUGGUUGGGAAAGGGGUCAAGACAGUGAGAAAUUGCCCCGCUCUCUUAGACAAGUGAAGUACAGAUUGCGUGAUUGAGUCGACUCCGCCUCAACUUCACAUUAACAACAAUUUCUAAGGGUAGGAAGAAUCUACUCACCUAUACGCUCUACAAGAUGCCGUCGACGCCGGAACCCGAAGACGGAGCUUCAAGGCCCCUUCUAGCAGAUCAACGAGAAGCACAAAACAAUAAUACAGCGGGGGAUGGCGAUGAUACCCCGCCAUCAUCUUCAGCCCCGAAUGGAGGCACAUUCACUAAGAAUCUCGGCGCGCUGGAAGCAUUCGCCAUCGUCAUCAGCAUAGUUAUUGGAAGUGGAAUAUUCACCUCGCCAGGAUCUAUAGACACGAAUGUUCCAUCUCCAGGUGCUGCGCUGGUGGUUUGGCUGAUUGGUGGUGUACUCGCGUGGACUGGUGCUUCUACCAUGACAGAGCUCGGAACCGCUAUUCCGGGCGAAGGGGGAGUUCAACCGUAUCUUCAAUACAUUUUCGGCGAUGUCUUCGGCUUUUUGGCCGCUUGGACGUGGAUUGUGGCCGUGAUGCCUGCCACCCUUGCCAUUCUUAGCAUCGUGUUCGUUGAGAGCAUCUACUCCUCUUUAGGAAUAACCGACCAAGCAGGAAGAAUUGAACACAAACUAUUCUCCAUUCUCAUUCUAGUCGUCAUUAGUGUCGCGAAUUCUAUCAGCACUAAAGCUAGUACUCGUUUAAACAACUUUUUUGUUGUUACUAAAUUCGUCAGCAUCGCGGCAAUCGUAAUAGCCGGCGUAGUCGUCGCCAUACUCCAAGCCACCGACCCUGACAGAGAUAUCGGGGGGAGAGAUUGGUUCAAUAAACCAUGGUUCGGGAAUCGGGAGGUCACCAAUCCAGACGGAUCCAAAACGGAUUGGGAUGAUUUAAGUGAAUGGGAAACUCUCGGUCAUUUGUCUGCGGCGCUGUACGGUGCAUUAUGGGCUUACUCAGGAUGGGAUAAAGCAAUCUAUGUCUCCGCUGAACUUCGAGCACCCGCGCGCCAACUCCCUCUCGCUAUCAAUACUGCUGUUCCUACGAUCGUAUUUUGCUUUAUUACAGCAAAUGCGGCUUACUAUAUCCUGCUCCCGUGGGAUGUCGUCUCAACUACAGAUAGUGUAGCGGUGACUGCAAUAACCCGCCUCCUUGGCCGCGGUUUCGGUAUCGUCGCAGCGAUCCUGAUUUGUUUAGUUGUUGCUGGCUCCCUUCUCGGCAAUUCAUUCGUCGCUGGCCGAAUGGCAGUUGCAGCAGCUAACAAGAAUUGGUUCCCUAGCCUCUUCGCAUCUGUUGGUUUCAUUGGAUUGAAGCCUAGAACCGAAGCCGAGCCGAACUCCUCUGAUGACUCACAGGGCUCUUCACACGCGGCCCGAUCAGACGCCCCAAUCAACGCUAUCACGCUGUCGGCUAUCCUCUCUGCUCUUUAUAUCCUCCUUGGGAACUUCCGCGCGCUCCUGACUUUUAAUGGCUUAGGCGAAUACUCGUUCUUCUUCUUGACGGUUUUAGGUGCGAUUGUCCUACGAUUUCGUGAACCCGAAUUACGCCGUCCAUACAAACCAUUUAUUCUGGUUCCUAUCGUUUUCGCGCUUGUCAGCGGGUUUGUGGUUAUCAGGGGCGCCUUCUUCGCGCCGGUAUUGGCACUCGUAGUCAUUGUCGUAUGGAUUAUUGGCCUAGGGUUCUAUUGGGUCAAGAAGCGUUUUUCCGAAAGGCAAGUAGAGUAAUAAGAGGGAAAUCAUAAUUAUCAUUAUACUAUUAUAUCCCAUUUUGGGGUUGGCAAGGCAUAUAACCUCCGCUUAAAACUACUAUUCUAUAAGUCAUUCGCCCUCAAACUUGGCAUCGUUGGCUGGGUUCAUGCAAUGGAAACGAAUAUCCCGCAUGACGAGCCAAUCCUAUACCUUAUGGGAAUGUCCAAGAGUACCUAGGUACUUUGUGCGCCCAGGCAGCUUCAAUAUAUGUUAGGUGUUGAAUAUGAAGAAGUCAUGUAAUUCGUCAAGUCCCGAACUUCACACCAACAUUAAUCAUCCCCUACGUCCCGAGCUGCCUGAAGGCUUACCCCUCCUUAUAUCUACCAACACGCGGAUUUCCAAUACUAUAACAUCGAUUCUUCCUCUAUGAAUAACCCAGAUUUUGCUAGCCACCCUUGAUCGAUUCACUUGUUCCGAUUACAACUUAUGACA